GAUUUUGACAGCCCUCAUACAAAUGUUCAAAGUGAAGUACAAUAAUGGUACUUGAAAUUAGAAUUAGAAUUAAUUAAUUACAAGAUUUAAUCGGUGUCUAAAAAGUGGUACAAAUCAAGUUCACUCUUUCUGCAAUUAAACUAUUUGUAUUUAUAUCUGUUAAUAAUAAAGAGUCUCAAAAAUAUUGAAAGGUAAUGCAACUCGUGUUACCGAUAUACACAUACACAUUAGUACAUACAAAUGUGUGUAUAUAUUCAAGUUUGAUAGAAAUUAUUUCAUAAACGAAAAACAAAUUGGGUUUAAAAUGGCGGAAGCAAAUGCUGCUGGAACAAGUGUUGAAGGUGCUGUUGGUUUGCUAGCCCCGCACCCUAAUGCUGAACUAAUAAGGGGUCAAAUUUUUGAAGUGGGUCCCAGAUAUACCAAAUUAGCUUACAUUGGCGAAGGAGCUUACGGCAUGGUGGUAUCUGCCGAUGACACGAUAACAAACCAAAGAGUUGCAAUUAAAAAAAUUUCGCCGUUUGAACACCAAACGUAUUGUCAAAGAACACUCAGAGAGAUAACCAUCCUGACCCGAUUUAAACAUGAAAACAUUAUUGAUAUACGAGACAUCUUGCGAGUAGAUAGUAUAGAACAGAUGAGGGAUGUUUAUAUUGUACAGUGUUUAAUGGAGACUGAUUUGUAUAAACUACUUAAAACACAGAGGCUCAGUAAUGACCAUAUCUGCUACUUCCUGUAUCAAAUAUUACGAGGAUUGAAGUACAUUCAUUCAGCAAACGUUUUACAUCGGGAUUUAAAGCCAAGCAAUCUAUUGUUGAAUAAGACGUGUGAUUUAAAAAUUUGCGAUUUUGGAUUAGCCCGAAUUGCAGAUCCUGAGCACGACCAUACUGGCUUUCUAACAGAAUAUGUUGCUACUCGGUGGUAUCGCGCACCUGAAAUUAUGCUCAAUUCCAAGGGAUACACAAAAUCUAUUGAUAUCUGGUCCGUUGGGUGCAUUUUGGCUGAAAUGUUAAGUAAUCGACCAAUAUUCCCUGGAAAACAUUAUCUGGACCAACUAAAUCAUAUUCUUGGUGUCUUGGGAUCUCCAUCGCGCGAAGAUUUAGAGUGCAUUAUUAAUGAAAAGGCACGUAACUAUUUGGAGUCUUUGCCUUUUAAGCCAAAUGUUCCAUGGUCGAGACUUUUCCCAAAUGCCGAUCCCUUGGCUUUAGAUCUUCUUGGAAAAAUGUUGACAUUUAAUCCGCACAAACGAAUUCCAGUUGAAGAAGCCCUUGCACAUCCCUACUUAGAGCAGUAUUAUGACCCUGGAGAUGAGCCUGUUGCCGAAGUACCAUUUCGUAUAAAUAUGGAAAAUGACGAUAUAUCUCGAGACGCCUUAAAGUCAUUGAUUUUCGAAGAAACUUUGAAAUUUAAAGAACGACAGCCAGAACAAGCAAUUUAAGAAAACAAAUAAUAUAUUUUUAUAAAUAAAAAGCACCUUUUUAUAUUUUGUUUAGUUGUUUUAAGUAAAACUACAUCCACUUCGUGAUUUAUAUGUUUGCAAUCACUUUCCAUCAUUUUAAUGGGUAAUAUUUUUUAAGAAAACUGGCUGUAAUAAUUUUUAAUAUAUUUGAUAACUGAUAACUACAAAAUUAGAAAUUACAGUUCUAUAUGAGAACAAAUUACACUAGUUUACAACGAUUGCAGGUAAAAUUACAAAAAAAUCACGAAAGUUGAGAAAGUAGCUCCAAAAUAAUGAUGGUUUUUCAUGAUAAAAAAAUUAUUUUACUUUAAUAUAACAGUCAUAACUGUUCUUUUCAGUGGAAGAUUUUGAGUAUCAAAUUUCUAUAGAAUAAUUCCGAUCAUCUCCUUUAAUUCUAUUGAUAAAUAUAGCUUAAAUUUUACCUUAAA